AUGAGUGGAUUCAUCAAAGACAUCUGGGCUUCAGCAACUACUACCACUCCUCACACCUGUCUCAUCAUUUUCACCUCCCUUUACUUCUCUCAUACAUUCAACCUCCUUUUCCUUAUUCACAGCUAUACCCACAGCUGGCCUGCUGCAACCAACGUGAUAUGUGAUAAGACAACGCGAACGCGCGCGUUUCCGUCCUUGCUCGUCUUCAGACGUAAAAAACAAGCAAGCAAGCAGGUCGUCAAGGUGAAAGGUCAGGAUGUGGUCAUCGGGGAAGCAGCAUCCGAUGAUCUGCCUGAUUCUUGUCACUCUGACGACGGCGGCAAUACAGUUAGACUUGAAAAGAUUCAAAGCGUUCUGCACAAGAAUAAUGAAACGGUGGAAUUCAAGGUCGUCAAUUCUGUGUCAAACCAAGCUCGACGGUCGUGGAAAUUGCUACAAAAGAGCGGCAAUUUUACGAUCUUUCACGAUGAUUUCUCCUUGCAUAUAUGGAAGAGGAUGAAAGGGCAAAAAGGUGACAUCUUCAUAUACGACCGGUGA